CAAUAGGUCCAAUUAGCCCAAUAUCCUUGAAAAGGAAAGGUAACAUAGAGGAAGAUUCGUACCUUCAAGGUCGACACUUGGAAGAUGUUUUUGCUAUUGCGUUCACCAAUUGUCCUUACUUUGCUUCUAGCUUCUGCUCUAAAGUUCUCAACUUCUGGCUACGUGCUGGAGCAUUGCUUGCGGGAGGAAUUUUCAGUUCGAUGAAUGGAAUCGUGAUUAAAUUUUCGUCCGGAGUACUGAGUUUGGUCUCUGAUGGCCAUAUCUUCACUACGACUGAACAACAACAAUUUUUAGAAUCUGCUAGAGCUGGUAAACUGUAUAGUAUCCGUGUUCUUCUUGCACAUGAUGAGUAUAUUGAGUCUUCAAUUCCAGCAUGCCAAAUUGUUGCUUCUAGGAUGAAGUUAAAGCUUACGCUUAGUGUGAAUGACGUCGGGAUUCCAAUAGCUAUACAUUUGAGUACUCCAAAAUAUGACUGCCCGUCCGACAUUCCAGUCGAUCAAGUGAACCUUCCAGACCUUUCCAUCAGUUUGGAAAUACAGAAGCCCAAGUUAGGAUCUAGUCCAGAAACUGCGAAAUAUCUGGAAAGGCUUGAAAAGCAGCGUGAAGAAAUGGCUCGCGCUGAGCAGGGUGAUAAUCGUUCAUUUUUCGCGAAAUAUUGGACUUACAUCGUUCCAGCAGUUUUCUUAUUCAUUCUAUUCUCCAGUAUGCAAGAUCCUAAUGCAGCUGGAGGAAACACGGGUGGUGGAAAUCGACAGUAAACGCCUUCAUUGUAAAGACAAUUUUUGAAGUUUUUAUUUAUCUGAAAUAUUCCUUUGAUCUUGUAUAGCUUUAAUAUAAUUUUGUACUACUGACUCGUAUAUUGUCUUGUGUUUCGUUGUUAGGAAAAGUCAAUUAUAAAGUUUAUGCAAACUAUAUUUUAUGAUUCCCAGGUUGUUAUUCAUCAUGAACCAACAUCAGUUGGGGAACCAUUGAAAACCUGGAAGCACUAGAAAACUAUUUUGUCCUAGUAUGUGGCUCCUCAAUGGUGCUCACCCAUGACCCUAUCCGAGAUCGAACCCAAGGACUUCUGGUUCUAUAGUGAGCACUUUACCACUUAGCCACUGUCAGCUCGUCGAGUAUCUGUCCUCAUAAUUUACUUAGGCAUACUAAAAACUCUCUCCAGAGAUUCAUGGUAGCAUUAUUUUUGCAGAAUAAUUCCUUUGGUUAAUCUCCCAAUGGUAUUCAAAAUGGUGUAUUACUGCACAUCUGAUGUUGUAUUCAUGUUGGUGUCUGGCAGUGGAAUCUAGGACACACCUUUUGUUCUGUUUAAGACUCAUCAGCUAGAUGUACCUGCACCUCAGCGAGUGAUGUUCCCACUGAGACUCAAAAGCCGAAGCGUAAUCCACUAGGCAACUGAGGCACAUGUAAUGCAUUAUCGUCAAAUUUUUAAGGUUGUGUUUGGUACAAAUCACUUUGCAUUUCAUUUCAUGCAUGAGUUACGGUAGUUGUCUUUGUUGGAUUUCAUACUCACUCUGUAACCUGAUCUUUAAUUAAGUCCAUGAGUCAGUGAAGUAUUAUGUUUUUCCGUGGAGUUGUCUUUCAUUGGUAUAGGAAGCUGACCUUUGAGCACUGGGUCAUGGGUUUCAACACUGCUCCACCUACCGAGGUUUGAGAAGCUAGGUAGUAUCAUUAACCCUCACGCAACAUAUGUGGUUCAUUGUCUACUGGAUGGAUAUGCACAAGGUCACUGGGUGAGUUCCACGUUUAUCCACUCCACUAAACAAGUCAUUAUUCUAAUGCCUACUGAUGUGAAUUUUAGUUAAUGCCAUGUCGUUUUUUAACAAGACGUUGGUUUACUUACUAUGGAAGUAUUUAUAUACUUGAAUAUCUGAUAUCUUAAUCUAUUUUGUAAAUCGUGAAAGGGAUAUAUUUUAGUAGGGGAGUCGUUGCACAAAAAUGUGGAUUUCCAAAAGAACAAAUGAACUUUUUUUUGCCCUAGCACAAUAGGUAAUCGUGUCAAAUUGUUACACUUUCAGCAGCGCAAAAAUUGAAACGAGAUGAUUAAAGUAUGAAGAUGAACUAGAAGGUGGUCGAAUGAAAACGAUCAGUUCGUAUUAAACUCUAAACAGACUUGCAUCACUUUAAGCUAUCACACUUGACAAGAGCGUGCAGAGAAGAAGUUGAUAGACAAAGAAGAAGUGUACGAAAGUUGACUGACUGAAACUGACAAAAUCAACGUAGAACCUCGCACAUAAGUGUAACAACUCAAGUUGCCAUACUUCACAUUAGUAUACAAAGAAAAGAUGGAUCGAAAAAGAGUGACCUCAAAGGUGUCUAUGGGAGGAUAGGGAAUUUAAACAUGACGGUUGGUCAAGACAUCAUCAAAAAAUGGACACAUUUGUGCAAUUGUGACCGAUUUUCAGCCAUGUCACCGAAGGUCCUCAACCACUGAUUCCUUCCGUCUCAGGGACUCCAACCAAGGCAGUCUACGUUGACCCACACGACCCAGACCACAGGUCAGUGACUUUGUAGACUGGUGCCUGGUAUUGGUCUGGCCACCCCGAAUCUUCUUCCAACCUAAUGCAACUUCCCGUAGCAUGCCACAUUGAAGUAGGCGGUGGCUCGAGAGAGCUGAUGGAAUAAACGGGUGGAGAUAAAUGGAAAUGUUCGGAAUAAAAAAGUCAUUCACUAUUUAAAGUAAGUUCUCAGAAGUAAUGUUCGCGAUAAUCUUCUUAACUUCCUGUGAAGAUGUGAUUAAAAAGUAUUCAUUUUAGUAGGACAUAUUCCCACUAAUUGUUAGCUCAAUAAAAACGGAAAGAAUAUAAAAUACAGAGAAUUUUCAAUGACUUUGGGGUAGGAGAGUUAUAAUAAAACACUGGUUAGUGACACAAUCGGGGAGAAAAGAAAGAUUGGCGAUGAAAAUUUUGAAACAAACAGAACAAUAAACGAAUAUAUUUUGAAGUCGAUUUGCUUAGUCCUCAGCUAGCCCUUCAAUUAUCAUUUGACCCCUCAAAUCUUACUAGAGUUGAGAAUUCUGUAACAAUUGUGAUGAAGAGGGAUAUUAGUUUCUGAUGACUUGUUUUAUGAUGUUUUAAUGAUUACCAUCUGAAUCUACUAAUUAAGUUGACUAAUGUAAGAAAUAUAGCGUGAAACUAGAGUGUGCUUCGUUAGAAUUGUUUUGCUUAUUAGCUGUUUUACUUCUUAAGAAAAUAUAAUGAUUACAUCUUAUUUUUCUGCCACUUUCUGAGGCCUCAGGGAUCAUAGUUACUCAGUACUUACUGGAUAUUGGAAGAGGAGCUGUGGUUCAUUGGUGUAAGCAGUCACAUAUCACUGGUUUGAACUCCUCUCUACUUAUUGAGGUUCGGGAAACCAGGUAGUAUUAUACGUCCUCACACAAUAGAUACGGUUAAUUAUAUAUUGAACGCAUCUGCACUUGGUUGUUCAGCCACAGUGUGUUUAUGUGUAUGUUGUUUUCGCAAUACCCACAUAAGUUUUUAUUGCCCACUUAGGUCCUAAUCUUACCUUAGGAACGUCUCUAACAUUGCAGCUAGAUUACUGAAGUCUUUUGGAAUCACUGUAGGCCACAUGCCUACAAAAUCUCUUAACUCUUUGUUCUACAAGCCGAAAAAUACAAUAACAACGGAAGAUAAACCAAACGUAAUAGAUAAAAUAAACUUCGGAAGCUGUGAAAAACGCUAUAUCGGACAGAGUGAUUAGCGUCUUCGUAUCCACCGACAUGAACGUCAACUAGCAAUGAAAUAUCACGUUCCGUUUUCGCUCAUGGACAAUUGUGGACUGAAAUUCCAGUGGGAAGAUGUGGAAAUCUGAGAUAGAUGAAAUUCGAAGGAUACCGGAGAAUUUUUAGAAGCGUGGCACUCAGAUCUAUCAAUGGUCAAUAGACAUAUUGACAUUAACUCACUCUGCUAACCAAUACGAAACAACAAGAAGGUCGAAGUUCACAUCACUAGGACAGCCAGUCGAAAUCCUAAUGGAGACGAUGACAAGAUUUCAGCUGAAACUGGUUCCAGUCCAUCAUUUUCUCUAACGCACUUAUCGGUGGCCUGCAUUAAUUACAUCUCUUGGUUUGAAAGUGGUAUUAAAUCCCGUUGACUAGAAUUUUUUGGAAUGGGUUUCUCUGUUGAGUGUAAAACGAUUGUUUAACAUCGGAAAAAUGUUCGGAAUCGAGUAUUUGUGUUUACCUGCUUAGAAAUGUUAAUCAGUGUUCGCGAAGAAUAUUGAUCUGAAUUUCUGUUGAGUUUCUUCAUUAGUAUUCGAGUACAAGUGGAUUUCUACUUCUGAGCUUUAUAGGUCCGGUAUCCUUUUGAUGAUUCAGUGAUUUGAUUAUGGUUAUUGAUUAAGAAAUUCUAUCUACUCCGGAGGAUUUGUGAUCAAUAAAUCUUAGUGAGACUAGAAAAGAUUUUAUCAAAAUUUUUCAGCUUACAUCUGCUAUAGUAGAGAUCAGAUAUCCUAAUGCCUAAUAAAGAUUGAAUUUACUGUAUAGCUUGGUGCCUUUUCCUUGUUAAUAAGGCUGUGAGAUAUUACCAAAAGCGGAAGUCACCAAAACUUUUUUUAUAGUUCGCUUUACUAGCUGCUUUCUUUAACACGGUUACAUUUCAGUGUAUAAGUUUAUAGUUAGUGUAUUUUUUUGAAUUUUCAUCGUACUCACAGACAUGUGUUAUUUACUGCUGUAGCCAUGCUUCACGCUUUAAAGCGCGCCAAGUAAAUUUAGUGUAUACUACUUAGUUACAAUAAAGUUCAAGAGUCCUGUAUUAUAUGAAAGAAAGUGUUUUUAGCGGACUUGGCUAUUCCAGUCAUAUGAAAGGUCAUGAUAAUUUGUGCAUCUUUCCUCACUUGUAUAUCAAAAAUUCAGUAUUAGGUGAUAUUAUAUUUUCUUACUCUGGACAUUGUUUGAUGCUGUUCAUAAAACAGCAGUAACAAAAUGAGCAUAGUCUUUUGAUUAGAUGAUAUUCUAAAACUUAUGUCAGGCAGCAACCAUGCUUUGAUCAAAAUGAACAGAAAAUACGAUCUAAUUCAGUAAGAAAUUCAGUGUACACAGAUAAUGCUCAUUUAUGAAGGUUAUAUGAAUUAAUCUAUGAAAUAAAGUGAUUUAUGUUACUUA